AUGAACGUUUCGGCAACUGACUUGUAUCCUGUUGUCCAGGAUCUAACUGAGGUAGAAUACGGUUGCUGCAGUUCUGCUGAGAUGGUAUUUGGUAGUUUUUCGAUUCAAGACCUGGCAAAUCCGAAUGCGAUGCCAAUCUCUCCAUCGCCUCGGAAUGGAUCUCGAAAUAACUACCUAUCACCCAGACUAUCGCCCCGGAGUGUGCUCGACCGUGAGAAAUCUCUCAUCGACAGCCUUGAUGAAAGAGCAAAUAAGGACCGAGAAGGUGUAGACGAAAUGACCAGAAGAGACGAUUUGAAUAGUCGAUUCGAAGACACCUUUGUGUUGACUCGACAGAUAUGUAGCUGUAGGAUUUCAACAGUGUGGGAGUGUGUUGAUAGAAGCACCGGAGUUAGACGCUGCGUAAAGGUCGUAGAUCGCAGAAAGUUUACAAGUCCACAAGAUGAAGACACUACGCUGAACGAAAUGUCAAUGUUGUCCCUACUGAGGGAGUGCAACACGAGCCCAAACAUUAUUCAAGCUGAACACCUUUCGCAAGACCAGCAUCACUUCUACAUUGUCACGAAUCUUGUAGAAGGACGAAGCCUGGCUUCGUUUGUGCUCCAAGAGCGUAUGCCAGCAGAUAAGGUCCGACUGUUUGCUAAAUCGUUGCUGGAAAACGUAGCCGAACUUCACUCUCUUGGUAUAGGUCACUUUAACCUGAAUCCAGAGAAUGUAAUCUUGAGACCGGACUUUCAAGUUAGUCUUUGUGAUUUUGGUAAUGCCGCUUUUGUAGAGGGUAUGGAACACCGGAGCCGCCAAAGCAAACUGGCAUACUCUUCUCCCGAGGAUAUCAAGAAAAUGCCGGACUUCGCUUCCGACUUGUGGAGCAUCGGAGUCAUGUUGUAUGUCUGUUUCUGCUAUCACCUUCCGUUUCGAGAUUCAUCGCGAGCGAAACUAAAGGCAAAGAUAUGCAGGCAUAGCUAUGAUUUUUCUUCGAGACAUUGGAACUUGGUGUCGCGAGUUGCCAAACAGUUCAUUUCCAGCUUGCUGCAUCCAGAUCCACAAAUCCGAAUGACCGCCCAAGAGGCAUUGAACCAUCCUUGGCUAGCAGUGCCUGAUAAGAAACCAAAGGUCAAGCGGCGCCGAAGGGGGCGGCUGAUGGAACAAGUUUUGGGGCGGUUGAAGCGGCAGUCUCAGCAUGAUUCAAACGAAUUGAAAACGACCCCCACCUUCUCAUCUAAUGAGUCUGGCUGA